GUUAGCUUAGAGCUGCUGGGGGGCAGAUUACCGUAUUACGCACAUUUUAUAAUUUUUUAUUUUUUACUAAAAAUCUGAGUCCCCUCAGCAUUGCUGAGCUAUUUUUUAAUAAAUGUCUACAUCGUGAGGUUCAUUCGGCGGAGGUUCCGACUGAGGCCGUGAUUUUUCUGCGAUUGGGCUGAAACUGAAGGGGAAAAUGUGCGAUGGAAUGAUAAAGURCUUUUCAAAUGCCUUCUGGGCCCACACCACAGCCACCAAACAGUCCUUGUUGUUGCUGCUGGUACUGACUCUAGUGCCCACUGGGCUGAGUUCAGGAUGUGUGAGGCCGUACAUGGUCCAGAACAGCUGGGUAAACCUCACAGACACCAACAGGGGCUUGUUCCCUGUGGGUACAGUUCUGCAGUACAGCUGUGAUCCUGGUUAUUUGCCAAAUGGACCCAGCGUCCUCACUUGCACCACAAUGGGACGGUGGUCCUCUGAACCUCCUCAGUGCAUACGCAGUGGUGCAUGUCUGCCUCUCUCCAAACCUGAGAACGGGGGAUACACCUGCCAUCCGUCCCCGUGUCGAUUGUUUUCCCACGGCACUAUAAUUGAGUUUAUCUGUAAUGACGGCUUUGCUCUCAGCGGGGACUACCCCUACCUGACAUGUCAGGAUGGACAGUGGGACGGCCCCAUGGAGAUCAGCUGUGUAAGCAAAGGUUGCAUAAGACCUUCUGUUGUGCAGCACGGUUCCACUAAUCUGACUGACACCAACACCAGCUUGUUCCCAGUCGGCACAGUGCUGCAGUACAGCUGCGACCCUGGUUACAUGCUGGUCGGACGCAGCAUCCUUACCUGCACCACCAUCGGAGACUGGUCCUCCAAUCUUCCUCGCUGCAUACGUAGUGACGUUUGUCAGCCUCCAUAUCAGCCAGAAAACGGUGGCUACUCGUGCCACCCUUCCCCCUGCAGACGAUUCUCUCACGGCACCGUUGUGCAGUAUUUCUGUGAUGAAGGUUAUGUUCUGAAAGGAGAYUAUAAGUUUCGAACCUGUCACUAUGGGAAAUGGGACAACCUGAUGCCAAUCAGCUGCGUUAUCAAACAAGGUUGUGUGAGACCUUCAAUGGUGCAGCACAGCUCCAGUAACCUGACAGACAUCAACAGUAGCUUGUUCUCAAUUGGCACGAUACUACAGUACAGCUGCGAUCCUGGUUACAUGUUGGAUGGGCCCAGCAUCCUCACCUGCACCACACUGGAGCACUGGUCCUCAGAACCCCCUCGCUGUGUACGCAGCGAUGUAUGUCAGCCCCCGUAUCUGCUGGAGAAUGGCGGUUUCACAUGCCACCCCUCCCCGUGCCGAAGACUUUCUCACAGCACCGUGAUUGAGUAUUUCUGCGAUGAAGGUUAUAUUCUGAAGGGAGACUAUAAAUACCUUACCUGUCAGUAUGGGGAGUGGGACAGCCAAGUGAAGCUGAGCUGUGUCAUGGAGCAAGACCACAAUCUAGCUUUGCCUCUGGGGAUGCCAGCUCUGUCCAUAGUUGCUUCCACAGCUUCCUCGGUGGCUCUCAUCCUGCUCCUGGUGGUGCUGUUUGUGCUCCUGCAGCCUAAACUCAAGUCCUUUCAUCGACGUGACCACGGUUUGUUGGGGCAGCCCGUGACCAUCAUGGUGGAAGGAGUCCAGGUGACGCUGCCUUCCUAUGAAGAAGCCGUGAGCAGCAGCGGAGCGUCAACACUCAGCGCUGAGUCUCGAGUCCAGAUAGUGCUGUCCGAGGGUCAGCACGCCUCACCUGAGGCCGGACCCACAAGACCUUCUUCCCUCAAACAGCAGCAGUCAGAGAUGGCGGUGGUUCACCCCGUGCUGCCGUCCUCAUCUUCCUCUUCACCUUUGUCUUCUGUUUGGGGUCUGGAACAUGGAGGCGCUAUGGGAGGCUCCUCAUCCUCACGUAGAAGGCCUUCUGCAGGCAGCGACCAACAAAGCCUGUCGCUAGACUCUGAGAUGGACUACUCAGAUGAUAUGCCGUUACUGAAGGAAGCCUGAAACAAACAGCGGCGACCAUCUUUUCUUAUCGACCUGUGCUGGAUAGCAGGAGUUUGUCAACAACAGAGGGGAGCUGUGUUUCACUCUGAAUAUUUCAGCUGACCAUCCCAAAGGAAAGCAGAGAAGGGACAUACAUGUGUAUAGAAGCUUACACUUUUUUAGUGUGUGUUUGUCUUAAAUUAGAAGCUGGGUUCAUCAAUAUGGUACAAAAAAAAGAUUAAAAAAAGAUACAUAUUAUGUAUUUGAGCAAAGCUGGAAACUGAAAAUGUAAUUUGUGUCUUGUUACAUUUCCUUAACCACACACACCUUAUCACUUAGAAAACACAAAGAUGCAUGAUGGCAAGGAAUGAAAGUUCACUAUUUUGUCUUUUUAAAUAUUUCAAUUUCAAAGGAUUGAAUAAUCAUGCCUCAUAUCAACAUCACUGUAGAAUAGGAGUACGUCCACCUAAGAGAGGCUGCAUUUACCUUGUUUUAUGUUUCUAAACGCAUUUUCCUUUUUAUGCUAUUACCCCGCCCCUGAAAAGCCUUAGCUUCCCACGUCUAUGCACACGUAUCAGUCAUCUGUGUAACGAGGAGUUUGAAAAAUGAAUGUCAGUGAAACGCCUCCACUGCUUAUUGAUAUCAUGUGUGGCUUUUGUCAAACAUAUCACCUGCACACCUGAAGAUAUUCUCAUGUUAAUUUAUUGAGGCUGCUGAGGAGUGAUAAAUGUAAUUUAUUUGUGCAGAUAAAGCUGUUGAUCAGCCGUGGCUUGUGACGCCUCUGCAGCUCAUGGGAACCGUUAGCAGUAGGUCUUUUAGCGUUUUGUUCAUUUUGACUUCUGCUGCAGGCAUGUUUAAUGUGACACUGUAAAAUAACUGGAAAGAGUCACCAAAAAAAAAAGAAACGUACAGAUUAGUGUGAUCUUUGUGUUCACUUUACUCGACUGAAACUUGAUUUGUUUUUAGUUAAUGUGCUAUUUUAAUAUAUGUACAAAGUUUUAAGUUGUGUUUAUCCUGUAAAUACGUCGAUUUGAUUAAAUAUUAUUUGAUGUGUUGAAA